GGAGGGCACUCCAACCCGGGUGUUUUCCUGAGUCCCUGAUUUUCCUGCCUGGAGUACCAGCGUCCCAGCCUCCUUUGGUGCCCGGUUUCCUCCCUCUUGCCAUUCGACCCCAGUGCAGGAAGAAGGGUGAUGCGGGGGAGGGCUGGUGGCUGGGUGGCCUGCGGGUAAGCUGCGCAGUGAUCCCGGUCAGUUUCGGAGGAGUGCGUGUGGAGGAGCUGGAUUCUGGCCAGAGCCCAGGCUACGUUACCACCUGCUGAGAGCCUCCGGGGCCAAAGUAGCCGCGGUCUGAGCCACCUGCUAUAAAUAGGCUAUCAAGAACACGAUGUGCAAACGCACAUCCCGCCGCGAAGGCCAUUAUCACUCGUGGGCCCGCGUCCCCAGCACGCGGAGAAUAUCCCGGGCCAGGACUUCUUCACGCUGAGGCUGGAUGGGGCAGCGAUCCGUGCACCUUAUCCAAGCUCUCGUGGGGUGGAGCCUGGUGGCCCCUGGGCGGGCUGAGGAUGGACCGCUGGGGAGCGAGGGGAGGGAGGCCGUGGAGGACCCGCACUGCAGCAGCUGUUGCUCGCCUGUGACUAGCCAAUCUGGGCCGUGUCGCCCCGCCAGAGUCGCACGGAGCGGAGGAGAAGGGAGGGCAUUGCGUCCUGUUCUUGGCUCCCGCGGAAACCACUAAGGAGAUCCCCGCUGUUGCCCCCUCGCCCCCGCCCCCGCCUCCCCCGCGCUCGCCCAGCCGGGGAGGAGAAAACGCGAGCAGCGCGCAGACACCUCCUCCUCGGCUGCUGUCGCCGCCGCCGGCCACACCGCGGUGCCUGUUGCUGCAAGCCGCCGCGGGACCCGCCGUAUCUUCAGCCCGCAAGAGAAGCAGCGCCAGACUGUGGAACGGUCCCCACUCCAGCUGCGUAGGGCGGCAAGAGCGCAGUCAGCUGAAGACUAUGGACGCCUGGCCCGCCCAGGCCAUCUUCAGGGUGCUGGGGAGCACCUACGAGCCCCAGCCCAGCCCGGAGCUCUGAGCGCGCCACCUCGCUGGAAUCUGCCUUCAGAAGCAUGUGAAAUAGAUCACUCCAUUUAACUAGGAAAACAGGAGCACGAGUUCCUGGCUCUCCAGCCCUUUCCCAGGAUGGACGCGAUCACGUUCACAGCGAGGAAGCAUCCGUUCCCUAAUGAGAUCUCGGUGGACUUCGGCUUGCAGCUGGUGGGCGCCUUACCUGUGCAUUCGCUCACCACUAUGCCCAUGCUGCCAUGGGUGGUGGCCGAGGUGCGAAGACUCAGUGGCCAGGGCGCCAAGAAGGAGCCUGGAGUCAAGCAAGUCCGGCUCUGGGUUUCGCCCUCUGGACUGAGAUGUGAACCUGACCUGAGGAAAAGUCAACAAUGGGACCCGCUGAUCUGUUCCAGCAUUUUUGAGUGCAAGCCUCAGCACGUCCACAAACUGAUUCACAACAGUCACGACCCGAGUUACUUUGCUUGUCUCAUUAAGGAGGAUGCUGCCAACAGUCAGAGUCUCUGCUAUGUGUUUAAAGCAGACGAUCAAACUAAAGUGCCUGAGAUCAUCAGUUCCAUCCGGCAAGCGGGGAAGAUUGCCCGCCAGGAGGAGCUGCGCUGCCCCUCGGAAUUUGAUGACACCUUCGCCAAAAAGUUCGAGGUGCUGUUCUGUGGCAGGGUCACUGUGGCCCACAAGAAGGCGCCGCCUGCGCUGAUCGACGAGUGCAUCGAGAAGUUCAACCACGUGAGCUGUGGCCGAAGAGCCGACUGGGACGCGCCCACGGGGCAGCCGUCAGCGCCAGGACCCCGGCCAAUGCGCAAAUCCUUCUCACAGCCCGGACUGCGCUCCCUGGCCUUCAGGAAGGAGUUCCAGGACGCCAGCCUCCGCAGCAGCACCUUUAGCUCCUUCGACGACGGUAUCGAAAACCACCUCAUCGGAGGACACAGUGUGGUUCAGCCCACAGACAUGGAGGAGAACCGAACUAUGCUAUUCACGAUUGGCCAGUCUGAAGUUUACCUCAUCAGCCCUGACACCAAAAAGAUUGCACUGGAGAAAAAUUUUAAGGAGAUAUCCUUUUGCUCUCAGGGCAUUAGGCAUGUGGACCACUUUGGGUUUAUCUGCCGGGAGUGCUCAGGUGGCGGCGGCUUUCACUUUGUCUGUUACGUGUUCCAGUGCACAAAUGAAGCCCUGGUUGAUGAGAUCAUGAUGACUCUGAAGCAGGCCUUCACUGUGGCUGCCGUGCAGCAGACUGCCAAGGCGCCAGCCCAGCUGUGCGAGAGCUGUCCCUUGCAGGGCCUGCACAAGCUCUGCGAGAGGAUCGAGGGGAUGAAUUCAUCUAAAACCAAGUUAGAACUCCAGAAGCACCUGACCACACUGACCAAUCAGGAGCAGGCAACUAUUUUUGAGGAAGUUCAGAAAUUGAGGCCAAGGAACGAGCAGCGAGAGAAUGAAUUAAUUAUUUCUUUUCUGAGAUGUCUAUAUGAAGAGAAGCAAAAAGAGCACAAGCACACUGGAGAGCCAAAGCAGACACCACAGGUGGCAGCCGAGAAUAUUGGGAGUGAACUGCCACCCAGUGCUACCCGGUUUAGGCUAGAUAUGCUGAAGAACAGAGCAAAGCGGUCCCUAACAGAGUCCUUGGAGAGCAUUCUGUCCCGGGGUAAUAAAGCCAGAGGCCUGCAGGACCACUCUGCCAGCGUGGAUCUGGACAGCUCCACUUCUAGUACUCUGAGUAACACCAGCAAAGAACUGUCCAUGGGUGACAAGGAGGCCUUGCCCGUCUCUGAGAGCUCCUUCAAGCUCCUUGGCUCCUCAGAUGACCUAUCCAGUGACUCAGAAGGCCACAUUGCAGAAGAGUCUGCUCUGCUGUCACCUCAGCAGUCAUUCAGAAGGAGAGCCAACACCCUGAGUCAUUUCCCUGUAGAGAGCCCGGCGCCUCCAGAACCUGCUCAGAACUCUCCAGGGGUCUCUCAGAGAAAGCUCAUGAGGUAUCACUCCGUGAGCACAGAGACGCCUCAUGAACGCAAUGUGGACCAUCUUCCUGGGGGUGAGGCGAAGUGCUGCUCAGGGCAGCCUUCAGCUCCUCCUCCGCCUCGUCUUAACCCCUCUGCCUCCUCACCAAACUUUUUUAAGUACCUAAAACACAAUUCCAGUGGAGAACAAAGUGGGAAUGCUGUGCCCAAAAGCGUCUCCUACCGUAAUGCUCUGCGGAAAAAACUCCACUCCUCCUCCUCUGUGCCAAAUUUUCUAAAAUUUCUGGCUCCUGUAGAUGAAAAUCACACCUGUGACUUUAUGAACACAAACAGGGACAUUGAAUCCAAAACAAACCACCUGGGUGACACAGAUGAGACCCCUGUGAAGACCCGACGCCAUUCAUGGAGACAGCAGAUAUUCCUUCGAGUGGCCACUCCACAGAAGACGUGUGAUUCCCCGAGCAGAUAUGAAGAUUAUUCAGAGCUGGGAGAGCUCCCUCCACGAUCCCCUUUAGAACCAGUGUGUGAAGAUGGACCAUUCGGCCCUGUUCCAGAAGAAAAGAAGAGGACAUCACUCGAGCUUCGAGAGCUAUGGAGAAAGGCUAUUCUGCAACAGAUACUGCUGCUCAGGAUGGAGAAGGAGAAUCAGAAGCUGCAAGCCUCUGAGAAUGAUCUGCUGAACAAACGCCUGAAGCUUGAUUAUGAAGAAGUCACUCCUUGUCUUAAAGAAGUAACCACCGUGUGGGAAAAGAUGCUUAGCACUCCAGGAAGAUCCAAAAUUAAAUUUGACAUGGAAAGAAUGCACGCAGCUGUUGGGCAAGGUGUGCCACGCCAUCACCGGGGUGAGAUCUGGAAAUUUCUAGCUGAGCAGUUUCUCCUUCGACAUCCACUUCCCAGUAAACAGCAACCAAAGGAUGUGCCCUACAAAGAACUCUUGAAGAAGCUGACCUCCCAGCAGCACGCCAUUCUCAUCGACCUCGGGCGGACAUUUCCAACGCACCCGUACUUCUCUGCCCAGCUCGGAGCAGGUCAGCUGUCCCUUUACAACAUCCUGAAGGCCUACUCGCUUCUGGACCAGGAAGUAGGAUACUGCCAAGGCCUCAGCUUUGUGGCAGGCAUUUUGCUUCUUCAUAUGAGUGAGGAAGAGGCAUUCAAGAUGCUCAAGUUCCUGAUGUUUGACAUGGGGCUGCGGAAACAGUACCGGCCAGACAUGAUUAUUUUACAGAUCCAGAUGUACCAGCUGUCACGGCUCCUCCAUGACUACCACAGAGACCUCUACAACCACCUGGAAGAGCAGGAGAUCGGCCCCAGCCUCUACGCGGCUCCCUGGUUUCUCACGGUGUUCGCCUCACAGUUCCCGCUCGGCUUUGUUGCCAGGGUCUUUGAUAUGAUCUUUCUUCAGGGAUCAGAGGUCAUAUUUAAAGUGGCUUUAAGUCUUUUGGGAAGCCAUAAGCCCUUGAUUCUGCAACAUGAGAACCUGGAAACCAUAGUGGACUUCAUAAAGAACACACUACCCAACUUGGGCUUAGUGCAAAUGGAGAAGACCAUCAAUCAGGUGUUUGAGAUGGACAUUGCCAAACAGCUGCAAGCCUACGAGGUUGAGUACCAUGUGCUCCAAGAAGAACUCAUUGAUUCCUCUCCUCUCAGUGACAACCAAAGAAUGGAUAAAUUAGAGAAAACCAACAGCAGCUUACGCAAACAGAACCUUGACCUCCUGGAACAAUUGCAGGUGGCAAACGCUAGGAUCCAAAGCCUUGAAGCCACGGUGGAGAAGCUUCUAGCCAGCGAGAGCAAGCUGAAGCAGGCGGCGCUAACCCUGGAGUUGGAGCGCUCUGCCCUGCUGCAGAUGGUGGAGGACUUGCGAGGGCAGGGUGCUCAGCCCAGCACUCAGGAGCCGGACUGUACCCAGCCCGAACCGACAGGUGACUGACAGCUCCCCGGAGAGACUGCACACCACUAACACUGUCCAGGCCUUAAUGGAGAGAGACAGAAGCUGGAGGCAGAGAAGAGAAGACUCCUCAGGGAGGAAACUGGCUCGCCAGCCGCAGACGCUUUGCGCUCAGACUUGGAGUUGGGAGGGCUAAAGUCCCAGAGUUUUUGUUGUUUUGGUUUAAAUUCACCCCCUUUCCAGUCCUGGUUGUUGUAGCUUUAGAUGGCAUGGACAUGAGUAAAUGUCCCUUUAUGUUCCCUCCUCCUCCAGAGGCACUGUCUGAAGAGAGCAAAGCAAGAAGGGCUUGAAGUAAUUCCUCAGGCAAAAGUGUGGUCCUUGUCAGUCUGCAAGGAGAGGUUCCUGUGACCAUGCCCUUGGUGUCACCAUGAGGUGCAGUGGGGCCUUUGUCUACUCAUGUUAUGGAGACCAGAGGUGGCCGUGGGGAAGGACUGAAGGGUUUAUUGAAAUUGGACGUGUUGAUCGUCACCGACUCCACAGUCGCUCCCACGGGUACUGAAGAAGCUCGUCUUUUACCCAGUGUUUUAAUAUGUUUUUGCUCACCCUUUCAAGUCCCGGUAGAUAAAUGUUUCGUAAAGAAAUCACAGUUUUAGACUCCCUGUUCUUUCUAGUGUGUGAACUAUCGCUCUGGGGUCUGAGAUAUUUAUUUGUGACUGUUUCAUAGCCACACUAUAGGGUCACUUAUUUAUUUUUGUCUGUGGGAUGAUGUACCACUGUCUUCCUUUGAGUCUUGACCCCUUGGAGCUCUGAUUCUGCCUAGAAGGAGCAGAGCACAUCACGAUUUCAAGGGGCUCCUAAGAUUCUGAAACGUUGCAGAAGAACCCCGGCUGAAACUGCAGUCCGAUGGCAGCUGACAGUUUUCCCGAGGUAGGCUGCGUGUUUUGAGAAGCACUCAAAAUACAGUGACCCCUCCCUUGGGAUGGCGAGGACCCUGUGCCUUCAGGCAGAGUGCAGCUCACAGUCACCCUGCUUCCGGCUGGUCCUGCAGAGAGCAUCGCCCAUGUGCACAGCUGGUCCUGCAGAGAGCAUCGCCCAUGUGCACAGCUGGUCCUGCAGAGAGCAUCGCCCAUGUGCACAGCAAGCUUGGAGAAGAGUCACGGGCACGUAUUGGAAUUGGUCCUGCCGUGGGCUCUACCACUCGGCCUCCUGUUCCACAGAAGUCUUUUAUAGUUCUCUUGGUAGGAAAGGAGCCUUGUAAGCCUGGGGUGACAGGAGGGACCACCAUCCUUGGUGUCAUUUGGUAUCUCCUUGCUGUUUCAAAGGGACACCAAAUGGCAGGUGGUACUGAAGACUCCCUCCAGCUCUUGGGUCAGGGGAAAGUUGUUCUCUCCACAAAACAACAUCAACAGUCCCACUGCCUCUCUUCCAGGAGGCUCCACCAGGGGUAGUUAGAGGAGGCAACUGUGGGGGCUUCUUUCCACAGUGUAUUUUAUUAUUUGAAUGUUUUUAAAAUGUUGAGUUUUGGACAUAUUACUACUGUUCAAAACAUUGACUCUACAAUAAGAAACAAGAAAGCAAUAAAACCGGUAAUUCACA